AUGUACGGAAUCAUCUUCUGUCCCCAGGAGGCUCAGUGUGUGAGGCUGCAGGCCCAGCUGGGCCGGUUCUGGAGGUAUCUGGAUGCGGUUCUGAGCAGCGGGGCGGCGGGGGCGGGACUGAGGGACGUGUCCCGGCUGCAGUACAGCCUGUCAGAGGAACCACCAGAACCACCGGAGCCCCAGAGUGACCCCACCCCGGCCAUGCUGGCGUUUGGGAUGCGUGUGUUUGAGGGCGUGGCCAGUCUGAUCUACGGCUGUCUGGAUUGGAGGAGGCAGCACCUGCACUACCUCGGCUGUCUCAGGCUGAUCCAGGUGCCUGCUGUCGCCAGCGGCAACGCGCCCAGCCGCCAGGAGAGCGCUGGACAGGCCAGUGUGAAAGGGGAUCCACAGACUCCAAAGGCGUCCUCAGCGUCCAAAAGGAAAUCCGUCCCAGAUGAGUCCGCUACAGUGGCGCCCCCUGUGGUUACUGCGGAGUGUGACAUGCAGUACUACAGGGACCUGCUGGACCUGUUCCCCCCUGAAACUGUGUCUGUACCCAUAAUCCUCCACUGCCUGAGAGAGCAGGUGGUGGCGACCCAGGAACAGAUCCCCCCUCCGUCCGCAGUGAGACCCCAGCCCCGCCCCAACGGGCUGGAGCCCAGCCUGGCUGAUCACAUGAUCGCUGCCGCACUCAGCCUGGGCCUAUCAGAGGAGGAGGAGCAGAAGCUGCUGGCUGGUUUCGGGGGGCAGGACUGUGGUCAGCAGCAGAAGGACCUCCAGCGCCCCCUGCUGGUCAACAGACAUGACGAGAGGAGCAUGAGACUACAGCAGCUACCCGUGGAGGUGCAGAUGUUGCAGAACAGUCCAAUGUGGCGUUCGCUGUGGUGCUCUGAGCCGCAGAGCGAGACCAGGCGUCUGGCCCGGGCCCAGGAACUGCUGCACUACUGCACCGACGAGUCUCUGAGCUGGGCGGAGGUACAGUGGGCGUUUCGUCAGUUUGUGUUCGAGAACAUGCACCUGUCUCAGGCAGAGGGGCAGGGCCUGAGGCCACAGCCUCCACCCAUAAUCCCCUGGGACGACCCCGCCUCCUUCAUCCACCAGAUCCGUGUACGUGCUGCUGAGAAUGCAGAGGAAUCCACCAAUCAGCACGCCAACGGAGAAGUGGAAAGUAGAAAUGACCAGACAGGAUCAGAAUUAAACCAGGAGAAGCAGAGCAGCAGAGUGGAUAUCUCAGAUGUCAGGGCGAGUUGGGCUCGGUCCCUCAGAGACUGGCACAUCGCAGAGCACCACGACCCCACAGUGUUCCCACAGGUCCUGCAGGAAGCCUGUGAGAGCUACAGCUCAGUGGAUCUGCUCCAUGGAGUCCAGGAUAAUGCCGUGUUCCUGGUCUGCCACAAUCCCAUGAGCCCCCAGCGCCAGAGCAGGGAACUCUGGGAUAUGGCCCUCCACACUGAUGUGGGCUUCAGGCAGUACCUGGCGCACGUAGCAGAGUCCAUCUCAGACUGGACCAAUCAGGAGGAGUCUCUGAGGCUCGCCCGCCAGGCAGAGAGAGAGAGAGAGCCGGAGCGUCAGAAUUCCCCCACACCCUCCGAACACUCCGCGGUCUCCCAGAAGAGGAGCAGGGGCUCCCCAAAGAGGAGCAGGGGGUCCCCAAAGAGGAGCAGGGGCUCCCCAAAGAGGAGUGCCAGUGGGAAAGCAGCCUCUCCCGUGAAGUCUCCGUGCCCGGAGGAACCAGCCCUGGCGCUGCAUGUACGACCGGAUUCUCUAAAGGCCUGGAAACUGGGCCAGGACCGACAGAGGGAGGAGGAGCUCGCCAAGAAGGCCAAGAAAGAGGAGAAGGAGAGGAAAGGGGGGUCGAAGGGAGGGGACCGCUCCCCGUCCUCCAGGGCCAGCAAGAAGAGCCCCUCCAGCAGGAGGAAGAAGGAGGAGGUGCAGAAAACCCCUGAGUCUGCAGCGCCCCCGCAGGGCGGGAGGACUGAAGUGCAGCAGCCCGCGGAGGAGCCCAGGGGCUUCACAGGGUACUGUAUGGGGGGGGAGCUGGUGCAGGUGUGGGGCUGUGGAGAGACCAUGUUCCCCUCCGAUGGAGGACUGAUCCAAGUGGAGAGCACUCAGUUUAUCCAGGGCUUGACGAUGGUGAAGGUGUGCGUGACGAAGGACAAGCAUCGCUUCUACACCCAUGUGACCCAGCCCAGGCGGGAGAGCGCGGGGAGGGAUGAUGACAUCAUCACUGUGGGCCAAGGAGCGGAGCAGAGGACGAGGGCUGUGAGUAAAUUCGGCUCCUUCUCCGCUCAGCUGGAGAACGGGAUCCGCCUCUCCUACAGCCACCACGGCCAAUCAGGAGAGAGCGCAGAGGAGAAGGACCCCGCUUUGGCCGCCGUCCUGGACAUCCGCCCGCCCCCCACGCCCUCCCCCGCCCCCUCCACCGCCCCCUCCCGCUCCCCCUCCGGAAAACGCCGCAAAUCCUCCAAAGGGGCUCCCAGAGAGGGGCAGGAGCAUGAUACCCCACCCUCCACUCAGGGGGGUUCGGAGAAGACUGUGAUGUCUGAGAGUUCUGGAGCGCUCCCAGACCCGGCCCUGCUCCAGUGCCUGAACACCUGCACCCCGCACGGCCUGCUGGUCCAGUUCCUCAGCCCACGGGCCUCAGCUGUAGAAGAUGAGCCCCAGGGGGUGAUGGUGAGGCAGAGCUUCCCUGCCCAGGGGCAGAGCAGUAUGAGGGGGAGGGAUCUCACUCUCUCCCUGGAGAGCUCCAGAGUCAUCACCAGCCAGGGCACCGUCAUCAAACACAUGAGAGAUGGCUCCACCCAGGUGCUGUUUGCAGACGGCACAGUCAGCAGCAGCUCUGCUCCUGAACCUGCCCGUAAACCCCCCCCCGGCCCCCCCGAGCCCCCCCCACAGGAAGAGGAAGCGAAGGGUCAGAGGUUGGAUAUCAAAGACCCGGCGGUGAAGAAGGGGAAGCAGAGCUCCAAGCCCAGCGUUGUUGCCGUGGCGACUCCAAAGACAGAAGGGGUGGAGCUUGCUGACCAGGGUGGUGCCAAACCGGACACGCCCGAGCAUGGCGGAGCUACGCAGUCAUGUGACCGCACCUGGGUCACGACCACACCCUCUGGCCUGCGUGUGGCCACCACAGGAAGCAGCGUCCUGCAGACCCCGCCCCUCCUGGCCUACAAAGCCACUGACCCCCUGACAGGAGCAGUAAUGGUCACGCGGGAGGACAGGGUGGUGAUGGUGCUGGAGGCGGGGUCUUUCACCGUGGAGCACGCUGACGGAACCAGAAUCUCCACUUUUUACCAGGAGACAGAGGAGCCCCUGGAGACAGGAGGACAGGAAGUUGUCACCAUGACCAGGAAGCAGAAGCUGGUGAGGGUGGAGUGUGAGGGGUUUGUUGCCGUGGUGAUGAGCUGUGAGGAGGGCAGCUGCUCCGCUCUGUUUCCCGAGGAAACGGUCGUCACCGCCCACCCCGGCGCAGCCUAUCAGGUAUUUCCCUCGGCGGGGGGGCAGCUCUGUAUCCAUGACGACGGCACAGCGACCUACACCUCCUACCCUGGUCCCAGCUCAGCUCUGACCCCUGCUGGCCACAAACCAGAACUACAGCCAACCUGCUACACCAUGAGGCACACCGCUGACAUCAUCUGUGAGGUCACCGACCCUGAGGGGAACCUGUUUCAGGUGAUGGUGGAUGGGGAAACCUCAGCUGUCGUCUCCAGUCGUGAAGAAGGCUUAGAGGAAGAAAGAGAGGAGGAAGAGGAGGAGGGUGAGGGAGAGGGAGAGGAGCAGGAGGGAGAAAGUGACUCAGAAAAGGCAAAACAGCUAAAGUUUCCGUGUGUGAGGCAUAAAGAGGACUCACCCAGGUUCUUUGUGGUCCAGGAGGACGGCUCAGGCAUAGAGAUGCUGCGCUCCUGUGACGUUGAGCUCUUCCUGUGCGCCGCGCACUCUGACCCCUCUGUUGCCGUGCUCAAGGAGCCAAUCCCUGAGCUGCAAGGAGUUUGGGGUAUAACCGUGCUGCGACCCUGUCCUAAAGACCUCUGGUCUCGCUGGCUGUCCCCAAAACCGAGUGAUGACAUCACACCCACCAACCUCCGGUCCAGGAGAUGGGACACGUUCCCUGCCAGAGAGAGAAAGACCCCGGGCCCCCCGUUGGGCUCCACCCUGGGGCGGGGCCUCUGUCUGGAGGAGAGGCCGAGGCCCCGCCCCCCUGCACCUGUGCUCACCUGCCCAGAGGUGCUGGAGGUGCGGCAGCUGGUCCAGUAUCGGCCAAUCAGCAGCCGGCUCCGCUGGAAGCUGGAGAAGAGGCUGCAGAGGUACCUGGAGCUCCUGCUGCAGAGGGAGCGGCUCUGUGAGGAGGUGCGGCUGAAGGAGCCGCGCACGGAGGAGGAGAAGGUGCACGCCACCGACCUGCUGCAGCUGGUGCUGUCUCAGGAUGUUGUCUGUGUUCAGUCUCUCCCAGACUCAGAGAGCCCGGCGGACACCCUGCAGAGAAGGCUGAGCACUGUGGACGUGGCCUCCCUGUACACACACAGUGUCUCCUCAGAGCUGGAAGACAGUGACACUCACUCAAAGGGGCUGGAGGAGGACCUGACGGACGGCUGUGGUGGAGAACAACAGGAGUCCCUGUGGGAGAGCAGGAUGCAGCAGUACAUGCAGGAGUUGGCGGAGGCAGAGGAGUGUCGGUUGGCUCUGAGGAGCGGGAUCAUUCCCCCGUACUUCAGCUCUGACAUUGGCAUGGCCUUCGCCCUCACUGAAGAGGGUCCUGACAUGGAGGCUCUGUCCCUGGAGCUUCCACCAUGUCCCACGCAACGGGAAAACUCUGAAAUCCAGGAAUUCCUCAGAGAUGCUCCGGAACCAGCCAGCCGGAGGCCCUCGAACCCCACCCCCUCCCAGGCUGCGGGAGGAGACGCCCCCCCCCGGGGGAGACCCACAAACCCCACCCCCUCCCAGGCUGCGGCCCCGCCCUGCCCCCCCUCUGUCCUGGGGCGUAUCUCUGUCUCAGGGAGCAGGUCUGCCCUGCACCCCCAGACCGCUCCGUGCCGAACCCCAGUGCCUCCAGGACCUCGAGCCCCCGCUCCUGACCGCAGCGCCCAGGACCCCCUGCCUGUGUCAGUGUGUGGACCCUCCAGCCACAGAGCGGGGCGUUGGGAGGGUGGUGGGUCUGGGCUCAGGACCUGGGAGCUGGACGUGGCAGGAAACCCACGCAGGGAGAGGAUCAAACUGCCCUCCGCCAUCCUGAGUGCCAAGCCCAUCUGCAGACCCAAUCAAAGGUUCCUGUCGGUGGAGGAGCCGGUGCGGAGGAAGGUGCGGACCGUGUCAGUGUGCGGGUCUCUGUACGGGGUCCCCCCCCUUCCUCGGGGCUUCCAGCUCCUGCCAGUGGAGGUAGAUUUCGGGGUGCUGAGGGAGGGGUACACCUACUGCGUCACCGUGGUGAUGAAGAACGUGGGGGUGGACUCGUGCAGGUUCAGUGUUAAACAGCCAUCUCCUGCCACAGGACUGAAGGUCAUCUACACCCCAGGGCCUGUGGCCGCAGGGAUGAGCACUGGCCUGCAGGUGGAGCUGUUCGCCAUGGCCACGGGCCUGCAGGACGGAGGCGUGUCUCACUGCGUCCAGAUCCACACGGAGGCCGACAUACUCCACCUGCCCGUGUCUGCAGCUGUCCUUCCUGGAGACCUGUUUGGCAGCGGGGACCCAGUGGGCGGGGCUAAGGUGCAGGUGGGCGGGGUUAAGGUGCGGCUGGUCUCCGCCCCCUCGGUGCAGUGCGGUGUCAUGCGCCCACACAGACGAGCCAAUCCGACAGGUCAGUCCCGUCCACCAAGCAUUCUGAUUGGCUGCUGCCAGGAGUCCUGUUAG